AUCAAGCUAGCUAGCUAGCUCUCUUCUCUCCUUUUAUUAUUUGCCUUCGCAAAUCAUUAAUGCGAAUGGCUGCUUCAAAUGGAGCCGAGAAAAUGAACCUCAACGUCAAGGUAGAUGAAGCACUGAUGAAGCGAAUUCUGGACACCCAUCAACACGAGGAUGUCAAGAAACUCGAUCCCAACCCUCUUCUCCAUGCCAUCAGGGAUGUCAUUCAACGUGCCAAAGGAAUUCCGGUAGAGGGAUACUCGUCCAACUCCGAAGGCCAUCUACGCUACAACCUCCAACACUUGCCCUACGAGGCAAUUAAAUCAGUUUCUUGUGAGUUUUCUUGCAAGUGUUCAGGGGUGUCAACCACGAGUGAGGUGGCCAUUGGACUUCUUCAAUUACUGGGAAGCUACUCAUGGGAAGCAAAGGCAGCGAUAACCUUGGCGGCAUUUGCUGCAAACUACGGCUCCUAUUUCUCGGUUUCGCAGCUUUAUGGGAGCAACGACCCAUUUUCCAAAUCUUUGGCAUUCCUACAACUAUCUCCAAAUCUGUUGAAACAGGCCCCUUUGAAACUCAAGCCCGAGGCACUCAAGGUUGUUGAGGCCAUCCUUGGUCUUACCAACUAUAUUGUUGAGAUCAAGGACUUCCAAUCUAAGUACGUUCAACGCAAGAUUUUCUCUUCCUUUUUCGCUGCUCAUGAAGACGAUUUGGCGAAAGCUGUGUACUUGAGCAUUCAGAGUACCGUGGCUUGUGCAUCAAUAUUGAUGAACACAGUGGCCUUGGGAAAUGAGUACAAACCAACAGCAAUGGAGGCUCAAGAGCUUUCGGAUUUGGCGAUGGAGAUAACGAACAUACGCAGCACACUUGCCAGUGAAAUGGAAAGUUGGAAGAAACACAUUGAGUCUAUAAUUCUCACCGAAGAUUAUGACAAGCUCGUCGGCUUGUUUAAGCGAGAACAUACCGAUAAUAUGGAGAUCCUCCAAGCUCUACUUUGUUGGAACCAAAGCCACUUGACAUCCAUCUAUAAUUGUUCUACCAAGACACAGGAAGAAUUGAACAAGUUGAGCGGCAAACAUGUGUUUCUGUACAUUUCAAAUCUAGGGCAUCUCUCCGAAGAGGAAAUCUCCAUUCUCUCUGAGAACUAUGCGAGAAAAUCUACUCCUUGUGAGAUCGUGUGGGUUCCUAUUGUGGACAUAUCAACCUCAUGGAACGAAGAGAUUGAAAAAUACUUCAAGAAAAUGCGAGAUUCAAUGGGAUGGUACUCCAUUAAUGACCCUUGGAAGCUUAACAAAGCGGUCAUCAAGUACAUCGAGGAGGAGUGGAAGUUCGAGGGGGAGUCAGAGUUUGUGGUUCUCAACCCAAAAGGCAAGUUUGUAAUAUCUGGUGCCGUCAACCUCUUCUGGUUUUUGGAACAGUCGAGUUUUCAAGUAGAUUACUGGAAGACGAUUCAGCUGUUGCAACAAACAAUGGGAUCAAUAGUCAAUAAUUGGAUUGAUGCUGGAAAGCAUAUCUUCCUAUUUGGAGGGGAAGACAUAAAGUGGAUUCAGAAAUUUGUAGACGAAGCUCAAAGAGUUGCGGUGGCUGCCAAAAUAGACUUCGUCAUGAUGUAUGCGGGAAAAAGCAACUUGAAGUGGGCAGCUCACCAAGAGAUUUUGGAGAUUUUGGAACAGUUAAAGAAAAACAACACCACCCUCCCAGUAUAUCGAUUCGGAGACCAAAAGUAUAUGUCAUCAUUCUGGGCCACCCUGCGAAGUAUAUGGCAGACUAAGAUAAAGACCGGUAAAUCUAUUGUAAUAUCUACUACAAUGGAUGACAUUGCCACACUUUUGAGCUUUGAUGCAAUUGGUGAAGGUUGGGCUGCGAUUUGCCGUGGUUCAAGCCCCGAGAUGGCCAAAGCCCGAGGUAAGACAUUUCUAGAUAUAUUGAAGAACAAUAGCGGAUGGGAAGCUCUUGGAAAACAAGGUUUCGUAGAAGCACUGGCUCAGAAGAUUAACGAGGGUAAGACCCUUGAAAGUCACCAUGACUGUUACAGCCUGGAGGUUGCAGCCACGAGGGGGAGCACCCCUAAGAAGGUGAAAUGCCGCCUUUGUGACUGCGCUAUGAAGACCUUCAUUACUUAUCGUUGUUGCGGUGAUCACUAAUUAAGCUAAAACUAUUCCACUUUGGUGAUGGACCUAUUAGAAACAAGUCCAGUUUGUGAACGACUUUGCUAUGUGAAGUUGGUUCAUCGAUCUGCCACUUAUGUAUUAAAUAAAUAAGUGGUCCUUGUUCUUGUGUUCUAUCUCGGUAGCGCACUAUUUAGUCUAUAUAAGCGAUGUUGACGUGUUGUAAGAAAUUUAAAUAUGUUACAAGUUCUCGAAGAAAAAUAAUAUUGUUAGAUCUUUUAUGUGUA